AUGAAUAGGUCUUUUGUUACAUUUGUAAAGAUGUAUUUAUUAUCAAUCCCUGAUAUUGAUAAUGCAUUAAAAGGGUCUUAUGAAAAAGUUUUUUCGUCUAAAUCAAUAGAAGAAUUAUUCAUAAUUCUUUCUCCUUUAUUAAACAAAUAUUACAGAGAUGAAUCAAUUCCAUAUGAACAAAGAUAUAGCCUUUUUUCAAGGAUUCAACUCAAUAGAUAUGAUACUCCAUUAAAAUGUAAUCCAUUAUAUUUACUUGAUGAAAAAACUAAAAACUGUGUUCUUCAAGCUAAAUCAAAUUUCGAUGAAAUUCAUAAAAUAGUUCAAAAUGAAGUAGAUAGCCAUAGAUGUUCUCCUCAUAUUUCUAAAAAAUUAUUUGAUGCUUUUCUUGCAUCUUCUCGUAAUUUAGAUCAGUUAGAAUGUAUCCCAAUAACAGAUUUAUUAGAACCAUUAGGAUGUAUUGGUGAUCGUCAAUAUUCAUUUAAAAAGAAUAAAAUGGAAAAUGUACUUCUUAGACUUCUCGAAAGUGCAACACCAGAACAAUUACAACGAGUAGUUCAAAUAAUUCAAACUCAAGAUAAUUUUGAUGGUGUUGAUCUUUCAUUUUCAAUUGAGUCACUAGAUUUAAUGACAUUACAUAAAUUGAUCUUAUUGUUUUAA